AUGGAGCCGAGCGUGCGGGAGCCCCUCGUGAGGAAGACAAGCUCCUCGUAUCGGACCUUCCCCGAGAGCGCGGGCAAGAGGCUCGACAAGGAGUACCUGCGGAGCCUCCACAACAAGCGUCUCUACCUGGCUGCGUUUGCCGCUGUCCUGGGAAACUUCAGUUUCGGCUUCGCCCUGGUUUACCCCUCGCCUGUCAUCCCAGCCCUCGAGGCUCACCCCAGCCCUGCGCUGAGGCUGGACCAGCACACAGCAUCCUGGUUCGGGUCGGUGUUCACACUAGGAGCGGCAGCGGGGGGGCUCAGCACCAUGCUCCUCAAUGACCGCCUUGGCCGCAAACUGAGCAUCAUGUUCUCGGCGCUGCCCUCCGCCGUGGGAUAUGCGCUGAUGGCCGGUGCCCAGGGGAUCGGGAUGCUGCUGCUGGGCCGUGUGCUGACGGGCUACGCCGGCGGCGUGACGUCCGCCUCCAUCCCGGUGUACAUCUCGGAGAUCUCCCACCCCGGGGUCAGAGGCAUGCUGGGCGCUUGUCCUCAGAUCAUGGCAGUGCUGGGCUCCCUCAUCCUGUAUGCGCUGGGGCUGGUCCUGGACUGGCGCUGGCUGGCCGUUGCAGGGGAGGUGCCCGUGCUCGCGAUGAUCGUCCUGCUCUGCUUCAUGCCCAACUCGCCCCGGUUCCUGCUCUCCAAGGGGAAGGAUGACGAGGCCCUGGGGUCACUGUGCUGGCUGCGGGGCAAGGACACGGACUACGCCCGAGAAUACGAGCAGAUCAAGGACAGUGUGAGGAAGCAGAGCCGGCGGGUUUCCUGUGCCGAGAUCAAGGACCCCUUCAUUUACAAGCCCAUCCUGAUCGCAGUGGGGAUGAGGUUCCUGCAGCAGCUCUCUGGUGUCACCUGUGUUCUUGUGUACCUGCAGUCAAUAUUCAAGAAAACAUCCGUUAUCCUGAAACCAGAGUACGAUGCAGCUCUUGUUGGCUUGGUACGUCUGUUCUCGGUGGCGAUCGCUGCUGUGUCGAUGGAUAAAGCUGGGAGGAAGAUUCUUCUUUUUGUAUCAGCUGGUGUCAUGUUGGUCUCCAACCUGACCAUGGGGCUCUAUAUCCACUUCGUGCCAGCUUCUCAGAACAGCACCAUUGCCAACAAGACCCUGGAGAGCUCUGUUUCAAACUACAUCACCCUCAUCCCCCUCCUGGCAACCAUGUUCUUCAUAAUGGGUUAUGCCAUGGGCUGGGGCCCCAUCACUUGGUUGCUGAUGUCGGAGAUCCUCCCUCUGAAAGCCCGUGGGGUGGCCUCGGGCCUCUGUGUUGUCGUGAGCUGGCUGACAGCCUUCACCUUGACCCAGUUCUUCCUCCGUGUCGUGGAAGCCUUCGGCCUUGAGGUGCCCUUCCUCUUCUUUGCUGUCAUCUGCGCCAUGAACGUCUUAUUCACAGGCUGCUGCGUUCCAGAAACCAAAGGCAGAUCCCUGGAACAGAUCGAGGCCUUCUUCAGGACUGGCCGGAGGUCGUUCAUGAGGUAG